GAGAGGAAGAGGCGGGUCAAGGCCUGGUAAAGGAGGAGGGGCGCGUCCAAAAGGCUGGUCCUGUCCGGGAACGGCAGGAGGGCGAAAGGUGGUAGAUACAGCGAUCGGUAUCAACCAUUUAAGAGUAGUAUAGGGGCGGGGAGGGCGGCAGAAGGCUGUCCUCUGGUUAAUGCCCCGCGUGGGACCACGUGAUUAGAGCGGUCCUGCCCUCCUCCGCCGGAACCAGCUGUUUGAAUCCCGUCUCCAGAACUAGCAGCAUCUCAGUCCUACCGGCGUGAGGCGCCAAGGACCCGCCCUGCGGCUCAUGGCUGCGCCCGUCCGGCUGGGCCGGAAACGCCCGCUGCCAGUUUGCCCCAACCCUCUCUUCGUACGCUGGCUAACCGAGUGGCGGGACGAGGCAGCCAGCAGAGGGCGCCGCACGCAAUUUGUGUUUCAGAAGGCGCUGCGCUCCCUCCGGCGGUAUCCACUGCCCCUGCGCAACGGCAAGGAAGCUAAGAUCCUCCAGCACUUCGGAGACGGGCUUUGCCGUAUGCUGGACCAGCGAUUGCAGCAGCACAAAGCAUCAGUAGGUGACCAUGCCCCCUGUUCACCAUCCGGAACCAAGAGCCCAGCCCGGGAAAGGCCACCUGCUGAAGUCCAGGACCCUUCCAUGCCAGUCCCAACCCAGCUCAAAGCAGGAGGCCCUGGCAGCUAUUGGCCAGCCCGGCACUCGGGAGCACGUGCAGUCCUGCUGCAGCUGUACAGGGAGCACCUGAAUCCUAGCGGCCAGGGCUUCCUCACCAAGGAGGAGCUGUUGCAGAGGUGUGCCCCAAAGGUUCCCAGGGUGGCCCCUGGAAGUGCUCGCCCCUGGCCAGCCCUCCGUUCCCUCCUCCACAGGAACCUGGUCCUCAGAACACACCAGCCAGCUAGGUAUUCACUGACCCCGCAGGGUCUGGAGCUGGCCCAGAAGCUGGCUGACUCAGAGGGCCUGGGCUUGCUGAAUGUGGGCAGCGGGCCGGAGGAGCCCCCUGGGGAGGAGCCUGAAGUGCCAGAAGCGGCUUCCGCUGAGCUUGGUGCCAGCGAAGGGAGCGUCCAACAGCCCCCGCUGGAGCUGGGGCCCGGAGAGUACAGGGUGUUGUUGUGUGUGGACGUCGGCGAGACCAAGGGGGCGGGCCACAGGCCAGAGCUGCUCCGAGAGCUGCAGCGGCUGCACGUGACACACACGGUGCGCAAGCUGCACGUCGGGGACUUCGUGUGGGUGGCCCAAGAGACCAGUCCCAGAGACCCAGCACAACCUGCAGAGCUAGUCCUGGACCACAUCGUGGAGCGAAAGCGGCUGGACGACCUGUGCAGCAGCAUCAUCGACGGCCGCUUCCGGGAGCAGAAGUUCCGGCUGAAGCGCUGUGGCCUGGGGCGCCGAGUGUACCUGGUGGAGGAGCACGGUUCUGCACGCAGCCUCAGCCUCCCCGAGAGCACACUGCUGCAGGCUGUCACCAACACCCAGGUCAUCGACGGCUUCUUUGUGAAGCGCACAGCGGACAUUAAGGAGUCAGCUGCCUACCUGGCCCUGCUAACACGGGGCCUGCAGAGGCUCUACCAGGGCCACACCCUCCGCAGCCGCCCCUGGGGCACCUCUGGGGACCCUGAAUCAAAGGCCGGGCCCUCCCCAAACCCUCUCUGCUCACUCCUCACCUUCAGCGACUUCAACGCGGGAGCCAUGAAGAACAAGGCCCAGUCUGUGCGGGACGUGUUUGCCAGGCAGCUCAUGCAGGUGCGCGGGGUGAGCGGGGAGAAGGCGGCAGCCCUGGUGGCUCGGUACAGCAGCCCUGCCAGCUUACUGGCUGCCUAUGAUGCCUGUGCCACCCCGAAGGAACAGGAAAUGCUGCUGAGCACCAUUAAGUGUGGGCCGCUGCAGAGGAAUCUGGGGCCCGUUCUGAGCAGGACCUUGUCACAGCUGUACUGCAGCUAUGGCCCCCUGACCUGAGCUAUGUAUGCCACAAGACAGACCCCCAUCUUCCCAGACUACCCGGUCUUUUAACCAGAAUCUUCGGGCUACAGUAAAAAUCUUAAGUGUUUGCAUUUUUAUGUGUUAGAAGGAGAUACCAAGCCCCAGGGGUCUUGAAAGAUGUCCAGGAACUGGGGAGACUGUCAUGUCCGGUUUUUAAAACUGAGCUCCUUGGGACCCUUGGGGUUCCCUUCCAGAGCACGGCUAGGGAGAUGGGAGUCAGUGAGGUGUUGCAAUGUUGAAUCUAGUUCAUGUCAUCAGAGUUCUCUGAUCAAAUAAAAUUUCCUUUGAUGAGAA